AUGUAUUUUAAAGCAGCCGUCCUGUUCUCUCUUCUCGCCUCGUCUAUUGCUCUCCCCAUGAGCAACGGAGACCGCAAGGUCAAACGUGGAGUCCUUACCGUCCAGGACUACGCCGACUUCCAAGUCUCCUCUGGCGUUGCUGGCGAUGCCCUGGCCGAAGUGAACGCAAAGUUCCCGAUUGACCAAUCCGACUUCGCCUCGGUCGACGCCGAGGACCUGGCAAUUAUCAAGGCAGCGCGGGAGACUGCCGAAGCGGCAGAGACCCAGGCCGGUGGAUUCAACGAGGCCAUCGAGGCCGCCGGAGGCAAGAACACGCCCGAAGGGCAGGCCCUGCAGGCUGGCAAGAUCAAGAACAAGGUGCUCAAGCUGCAGCUUCAAGUGCUGGCCCUGCAGAUUGAGGCUGCCCAGGGCAAGGAUACGGCUGAGAAACUGGCCAAGCAACAAAAGAAGCUGGACAAGAACGUCAAGGAGGACGAGGCUGCGGCUGGCCAGACGAAACCCAUCAAUAUGGCAGUCCCCGGCUGCCCUGACUGCACAUCACUCGACCAGUUUACCGACCCCCUCGUGGCCGCAGUGCUCCAUAACUGCCGUCAUAUUCCCAUCGCCCGCCUUCCCGAAGAUAUCCUCCUCCAUAUUUUGGAUUACUUUGACCAAGACCUGGCCAUUACGAUCUUCCUUCGGCAAGUCUCAAGACAGUUCCGGCGUCUUGUCUUGCGACGUGACCCUUGGGACAUUUCGAGGAGCGGGAAUGAUGGCGGUACUAUGCAAGGACUCGUCAGGGUGAACCGGGGAUACGGACUUAAAAAGCGUUCUGCCUUACAUAAGAAGGCACCUCAUGCCAAAUACGAAUUUCCAAAGCGGGGACGGGGAAGUAUCUGCUAUGGAAUAAAGGGUUUCGUCAGGGUGUGCCGGCAUAAGCAGAUCUCAUGGUCCCAAAUAGAGGCUCUCAUCGCCCAAGUAAGGUACGACGGCAGCGAUUUUGUGCAUUUCAAGAAGCACUGCAAGCACCCGAGCCAUCGACGCUGUCCGGGUUCGACACCACCGCAGUUUCGAUUCCAAUGGUACGUGGGAGGAACUGUCCAGAGGAUGGUGCGACGAGAGAACGUUCCGAUAUACCUGCAUCUUUGGUGGGAGUCACACAGCCGAGUGAACCAACUAAACCUCGACGGCCAAGGUCGGCUCCGCGCCCCUUUCUUGCGCUCCCUGUUCCGGCGCACCGCCAUGGUCAGACAGCCGCCGCUGGGGGCCGAAAGCGACAUGGGCAUGAGCUGUUUCAGCCAUCCCCAGUGUCGCUGCGUCUACUACGAGAUAGGGAACGCUUUGGGGGGGUCGGAAGCUCCGACCUUUGAGAACUCUGUUCCGGAUGACACAGACGAUACUAGCUAUAUCGCUUGUUUGCGCAAGCGCCCCGGGUUACAUCAAGCAUCCAGCAAUAGGGUCAAUCUCGAGAGGAUGUCGGCGCGGCUGUGCGCGAAACCACCUUGCGUACCGCGAGAUGAUGGUAUUUCUAACAUGACCGCUACCUACAAACUACUCGCCCACUUCGCGGUCGUCGUUCCAGUGGAUGUACGAAAUAACCCGCCACCGCCAGGUGGCAUGGCGGAUCUUCUUGCCCCAGAAGAACAGCGGGACCCAUCCGAGCAGCACGGCCGCCGAGAUGGCCGCCAUCACGCCGUAUGCCUUCAGGUAGCCAGCCUCGGCAACCCACGGGUUGGUGUAGAAGGAGAGCAGAAACCCAAACAGGCUCUUGAACGCCAUGAUGGUCGUGGUGAUCUCCCCGGCCACGGGGCGGUAGGCGUCGAUGACGUAGACGAGCGCCACGUUGGUGCCCUGGACGAUGGCAAAGUUUACUGGCUUGUUAGCUAG